UUAAUCCAAGGCUUUGUCUUUGUCACCCUUACCCUGAUUUCGAAAUUUGCAGUUGGAAAGCUGUUACACUUAGAAGAUGAUGCCCAUAUUGGAGAAAUCUUCUUGAGCAAAUUCACAGAUUUCAAAAACUUCCACACCAUGUUGUACACUUGUGCUAAAGAAUUUGAUUUCAUUGAAGAAGAGACACUGUGGAAUUUACUGAAGACAUUGUUGAUUCCAAGUGCUGCCUUUACACUGCUUGCUGUUGGUUACCAU